GCUAAGCUGCUGAUGCUAAAUGUCGGCUGGCAUCCCGGCACACCAGCUUCCACAUGCUCUUGACUUGCCUCUUACCUUCUGUUCUGAGGGCCACUUUGGAGCUAUGUGGCUCCUUGCCUGUCUGUGCCUUGUGCUGUGUUUUCUGGGAGGCGUGAGCUGCACCUGUCCUGCGCAGUGCACCUGUGAUCAUCAAGGCAGGAACGACGGCUCGGGAUCAAGGUCAGUGUUGUGUAAUGACCUGGACAUGAAUGAAGUCCCUACAAACUUCCCCGUGGACACCGUGAAGCUUCGAAUAGAGAAGACUGUGGUCCAAAGGAUCCCCACAGAGGCCUUCUACUACCUGGUGGAGCUGCAGUACCUCUGGCUUCCUUACAACUCAGUGGCCAGCAUAGAACCUGGCAGCUUCUAUAACCUAAAGCAACUGCAUGAGCUGCGUUUGGAUGGCAAUUCUCUGAUUGCUUUCCCUUGGGCGUCUCUGCUGGACACGCCCCACCUGAGGACACUGGACCUGCACAAUAACAGAAUAACCCGUGUGCCGAAUGAGGUGGUCAGAUAUCUGAAGAACCUUACCUACUUGGAUUUGUCAAGCAACCGAAUAGCCACACUGCCACCAGAUUUCCUGGAGAGCUGGUCCCAUUUAGCUGUGACACCUUCUAGAAGCCUGGAUCUUCCACCAAGAAGAAUUAUUCUUGGUUUACAGGACAACCCCUGGUUCUGCGACUGUCACAUUUCCAAAGUGAUUGAGUUGUCGAAAGUUGCUGACCACACCGUUGUACUUCUUGACCCUCUGAUGGUCUGCAGUGAACCUGAGCGCCUCGAAGGAAUCUUGUUUCAGAGGGCAGAGCUGGAACAGUGUCUGAAGCCGUCAGUGAUGACCUCAGCUACCAAGAUCACAUCAGCUGUGGGUAGUAAUGUCCUGCUGAGGUGUGAUGCCACUGGCUACCCCACCCCACAGCUGAUGUGGACCAGAUCCAACGGCUCACCAAUUAAUUAUACAGUAAUCCAGGAGUCUCCAGGAGAAGGAGCCAGAUGGUCCAUCAUGAGCCUGACGGGCAUCUCCUACAGGGAUGCUGGGGAUUACAGAUGUAAAGCCAAGAACCUAGCUGGGACGUCGGAAGCUGUGGUGUCUGUGACCGUUGUUGGCACCGUUACUACCACCCUAUUACCAGACACUUCAGAAAGAAACCCCGGAGAGCACCCCGAUGAGGAUCCUCAGCAGGGAGCAGGAAGUGCGCCACCUCUACCUAAGUCACAGUUGCCACCCGGCCUCUCUUCCACUUCUUCCUAUUUCACUCCCUCAACUGCUCUGUCUACAUCUCCACCACCUCCUUCUUCCUUCUCUUUGCCUUCUGUCUUCUCUGUUGCUUCUGCACCCACGAGUGUAAAAACCAGCAGCUCGGAAAGCACCGUCAGGACGAGCCACCAGCCACUCCCGCUCCACCCCGGCGAGAAAAGCGAGGCAAAGCUAGAAAAGAACGGAAGUAAGUUUCCGCCGGUCAGCGCGAGUAAGAAAGAGGAGUUGGCACUCUUGGAUCAGGCGAUGCCCACGGAAACAAAUGUCUCUAUAGCCGAUCUCAGGGUGGCCAGCGAGACUGGAGUGAGCGCGACUUUGACGUGGAACGUCACCACACGGGGGGCUGCUGUGACUGUGCUGUAUUCUAAGUACGGAGAGAAGGACCUGCUGCUAGCGGAUGCAGACUAUGGCGAGAACCAGGCAACCAUAGAUGGCCUAGAACCCGGCAGUCAGUAUGUGGCAUGUGUCUGUCCCAAAGGAGUGGCUCCUCGGAAGGACCAGUGUAUCAUGUUUUCUACCAACGGAGUGGAAGACCGUGACUCCCAGUGGUCAUUCCUCAUCGUGGUGACCAGCACUGCCUGUGUUAUAGUCGUGCCCCUAAUUUGUUUUUUAUUAUAUAAAGUGUGUAAACUACAAUGUACAUCAGACCCUUUCUGGGAAGAUGAUUUGGCGAAAGAGACAUAUAUCCAGUUUGAGACUCUGUCGCCCAGGUCACAAAGUAUAGGAGAGCUGUGGACACGGAGGCACAGAGAUGACACAGAGAAGCUGCUACUGUGCUCUCGGGCAAGUGCGGACUCUCAGCUGAACUCUAAGUGUGACGAUUAUAGACCAGAAUACUACUGCUGAGGUUGUGCAGGUGCAAUGAAUGUGAGCCAAGAACUGAGGGAUCUAAUGCUGUCACAGACCCUCUGUUGGAUGACUUUUGGACAGACUUUCCUAUCGUCUGUGAGAAUCACAAACGCCAUUUUUUUGAUGCAUUUUUUUUAAUUUAGUUGAGAAACAUCUCAGCUAUAACAACAAAUGACCUUUAUUUUUUAUUACACGAAUGAUGUCCAAGUAAAUAAUUUCUUAGUAGUAUUUAAUAAGCUUAUAGUAAUUUUAGGGCAAUUUAGUUCCUAAAAUAAGUUUAUAAAAAAUACAAUAGCUAACCUCUUCAUUUGAAAGAACACGUGUUAGCAGUCAAGAGAUGUUAGCAUUGCCAGGGAAGGCUGGCAACCCUGAAUGUUCAAAGUGCUCUGAAGAGUUUGCAGCUGCUGCCUGGCGUGUGAGCGUGAAACCCUAAUGAAUCUUGUGUCCACAUAUAGUUUUUUCCCUAAUCCUUUAAAGUCAGGUAUCAGUUAAAUUAAGUACAUGAGGACAAUAACAAACACAGCAUUUCUAUAGAACUGGUGGCUGUAUUUUAACACAGUACCUAGCGGUUGUAUUUUUAACACAGUUGAUAGACUGUCUGUUUGGGCCUCAUGAUGUGUUAAUUUAAGAAUGAUCUUCUUAAUUUCUUUCCACCCCUCCCAUCUCAUUGUCUUCCUUCACUUUCCUUUCUUCAUCCUUUAAAACUUCCCUUUUAAGAGACAGAAGAUGCCCAGCCACCAACGAACUGCAAACUCAGCUGUCUUCUGCCUCCCUGUAUUUUUAUUCUCUGGGUAGAAGGAAGGCCUCUGAGAUUUCUUUGCUGUUGUUGUUUUUGUUGUUCAGGUAUAGUGGUUUGCUCCUUUAUUUAUUUUUUUCUUUUUCAUGGGGUUGGUGUUUUCCGUGAAUACACAUCUGGGGACCUCAUGUGUGCCCAGUGCCCUCAGAAGACAGAAGUGGGCAUCAAGUUCACUGGGACCAGAGAUUAAACAUUACUGCAUGAUGAAUGGGUCAAAAAGAAAUCAAGAAACAAACACAAAAUACACAAACAGGAGGAGCCCUCUCAAACUCUUCCUAUACAGCCAGUUCCAUGCUCAUACCUAACCAGAGAAAGACAUGGCAACCAAAGAAAGAAUGCAGGGGAGCAAGAAAGCUAGCAAAUAAUCAGGCGAGGUAGAAAGAAAGAGAAGAGGCCAAUAGCCCUUGUGAACAUGGAUCAAAACAUACUCAGUAAAAUACUUGCAAUCCUAGCACAGGCAUACAUCAAAAAGACUACCUGCCGCAACUGAGUUGGCUUUUUUCCCGGACAUGCAGGGUUGGUUCAACAAUGCAAGUAAUAAUAAAUGUAAUUCCCUUAGUCAGGGUUUCCAUUGCUAUAAUAGAACACCACUAGCAAAGCAACUUGGGGAGAAAAGGAUUUAUUUGGCUUAGGCUUCCACAUCACAGUUCACCAUCAAAGGAAGCCAGGACAGGAACUCAAACAGGGCAGGAACCUGGAGGCAGGAUCAGAUGCAGAGGCCAUGGAGGAGUGCUGUGUACUGGCUUACUUCCCAUGGCUUGCUCAGUCUGCAUUCCUAGAGAACCUAGGACCACCAGCCCAGGAAUGGUAGAUAGGCCCGCCCACAACAAUCACUAAUUAGUAAAAUGCCCUACAGGUUUGUCUACAGCUCAACCUUACAGGAACGUUUUUUGAAUUGAGUCUCCUUCCUCUCUGAUGACUCUAGCUUGUGUCAAGUUGACAUAAAACUAGCCAGCGCCAGUAAUGACCACAUAAACGGGCUGAAAGGCAUUGUCCUAGAAGGGUGUUUUGACAUUUGGAAAGAGAAGUGUCAUUGAAUUCAUUGGAGUAGGUCCAAUGAACACAUGGGAUAAAGACUUCAUAAAUACUAUUUGGUUUUUAAAAAUAACCUUUCACAAGUAAUAUACAUUAUAGGAGUGGCUGUAGUGUGGCUGUGGGGAUUAAUGAAGGCACAGUGAGCAGCCAAGCAUUCUGGAGGACAGACACCGCAACUCAGCAGUGUGUUGCCACCCGGCCUGGGGAUAUCUAGGAGAUAGGACUGCCACAGCACAGCCAUAGCCAUGACCCGUGGGAAAGAGCUAGCCUUUACAAGAAAUUUUAUUCUGUUUACGAAAGAAACACCUGGUAAGAGGUAUGGCUGAACAUAGACGUGAGGAAGGGAAGCAUCCAUCAAACUCCGGGAACAUUCUCUGGGCUGGGAUUUCCUAGUCUGUGUCAUCUCCUCUUUGAAGGAGUGUGGCCAUGCCCCCAGCAUGUGGUCCCUAUCCAUCUGAUACAGCACUUCCAUAAUGAAAUGUUUACCAAACUGACUGAUCUUUGAUGUUUGGUCCAAAGGAGAGAAGCUGGCGCUGGGCAAGCAGCCAAUGCUGAUACUUGAAGACUGGUGAGAAGAUGGGAUUUGGGACGUCAGUGAAUGAUGGCCUCCAUUCCCAAGGGAGGACUGAGAGAGUGACUUGUGCUUAGCUGUGGUCAAGAACCUUAGUGCCGCCCCGUGGACUGCUCCCCAGUGGGCCUGGAGGUGUUCUUCAUUCUGUCCUUUGCUUUUGUGUGCCUCUGCUGUGGAGGCUGCCACCGAGCAAAAUCUGCCAAAAUUAUUCUUGAGUUUGUCCAGCCUCUCUGGGGACGACGGACAGGCUCUGGUGAGGAGGAAAGGUCUGGAAGCUCUGAGUGCUACAUGAUAAAUCUUCAGUUCCAGACGUGGAGAGGAGCAGCUCACGUAGAAGUUCCUUGGCACCACGAUGCCAGGUAGGGAAGACGGCUAAGGUGCAGCUUCUCUUUGGGGAGCUUGACGGCUGUCCACCAUUGGAGAACCCUUCACAGACUCCUAGAUUCAACGCUGAUAUUAUCAGCGUCACAAUAUCAUGAACUAAAAGAUGUGACUGGAGUCCUCUGCUCUUCCGGGUACCAUUUCAGUGAGGCGGCAUGACCUGUGACCUCUGCUGGGGUUAGAUGGCAGCAGUCCCUGGGCAGCAUGCUCAAGUCCUUCUGCCAAGAUGGAGGGCUUUGAACUAAUAAUCUCAAGUUUACUCAAGUCACCACGCCACAGGCAGGACACAGGCAUUGACCAUCACAGUCCAGCCCACAGGAAGCGACCGUUGCUACCACAUUGUCCUACACAGCACCUGGCUUGGCUGGUUCCCUUGGAGAUGCAAGGCUCUUCGGUCUUGUUUGCUGUUUUCCUUUUCUCUCUACAAUCUCAUCCGUCCUUCGGGUUCCCUUGACAUCUGUGGAUGGGACUAGAAACCCUGCCCGUGUUCUGAAUCACAGGGGCACAGUGAGGACGUCACUGAAGAAACCAUUACAACAAACUCUGUGUUCCCUGGAUGGUGAAGAUGUUGAGACAUAGGAUAGAUUUCUAACGUUGUGUCAGGGAUCCGAGAAGCAAGUUCUGAUAACUCUGUCUAAGUCACAUGCUGGCUUUUAAUGCACUAUAUCCAAGGAAUUAUAAGUAACUGGAGACUUAAGUUAUUAAUUCUAAACAUCUCUUUGUUAAAAAAUUUUGUUCAGACUCCAAAACCUCCCUGUUUAUAAUUUCCUCAUUUUCUUUCCAUCCUCUUUGCCUUUAUCUUCCUCUUUGCCUUUCCCCCUCCCUUCCUGUUUUCCCUCCUCUUCCCCCUCCCCUCCCCUCCCCUCCCCUCCCCUUCCCUUCCCUUCCCUUCCCUUUCCUUUCUUUCC